UCAGUUCGAGUUUGUAUUUCGUUUGGUAAGGUUGUUUGGCUGGACCCACGCAAGGCAGUCAACAAAAAAAAAAAGUGCCAGCCUCUGCUGUCCCCACUGUCGACGUGUCUUUCGGUCGCGUGUCGUGCGUGUUUCCCCAGCCUAAAUUGCAAAUAUCUAAUUCACAUCUAACUAGCCAAACAAUUGUGAAUAUAUUGGGCUGUUUGAUCUACAGUUUUGAAAAUCUAUAUAAAAGUGCGCAAAAAGCAAAUCACUUGGCGCAGCCCAACAAAAAAAGCAAAAGAUGCAAAGUGCGUGCAUUCAAUUGUGAGCGUGUGUGCCUGCGUGAUUGUUGGUGUGCGUGUGUUUUGGAGUCUUUGCAAUGCAAAUUAUUCACAAUAAAACCCAUAUUCAUUGUAUUAGAAUAUAUACGUUUUAGGAAGCUAACUGGAAAACGUAUUUAAUUCGUGUGUCUAUUUGCUUUUUACAACAAUUUUUCCAACUUGGUUACGGAAUUUUUGUGUCGCGUUUCAUUGCCAGCUCGUCUCAGAGCGCGCGCGGAUUCUCUCUUCAACACUCUCUCUCUCGCUCUGUGUGUUUGUCGUCGGGCUCUCUCAUGUCGCUUUGCCGCGUCGGCCGCGUUUCAUAAUCCAAUUGCCGUCACUCGUUUUGUGGUCCGUCUUCGUACGUCGCUGUCGCUAUCGCAGCCGCUGCCGCUGUCGUUGCCGCCUGCGCGUAUCUUUAUUUAUAUUUUGUUUCGGUUCCAUUGCGUUUCGCACUCUUGUCUUGUUGUGCGCCAACCGUACCCCCGUCUCACCGUUCUCCUUUCUCACUCUUAAUAUUAUGAAGUUAAAGUUUUUCUUUUACUAAUAGUCUCUUCACUUUUUUCGUUUUGUUUCUUUUUUUGGUCUUUGCCCACACUUAAUCUCUAUAGAUCUGACUUAUACGACAAGUACUAUAUAAUUUUCUAGAAGAUAUCCAUAAAUACUAUAUAUAUCUAUUAUAUAUUCUCACAAGUUGAAAAUAUAACAAAACAAAAUAAAAACAAAAAUAUAUCGAGUUCGCCUUGAAAUUAAAUCAAUAGAAAGCAAAUUUAUAGCAACACAUAGAGUAGUACAUACAUAUAAAUAUACAUAAAUAAAUAUAUAUAUAUAUAUUUAUACACGCAACGGUUUCACUUUGCAAAUUGUAUACAACAACAGCAACAACAACAACAUAAAUUUACAAUCAACCAUAUAUAUAUAUAUAUAUAUUGUUAGGCCAGUGUUGCCUAGUGCCGUGAAUCAAGUGCAAAUAAAUGUGCAACCAAUUAAUGAAAUAAUUAUGUAAAUAAUUACAAAUAAUAUGAAUAUGAAUUAUAAAUUGGAUCCUUAAAAUGCAGUUAAACAAACUUCAGAAAAGAAACUUGGAUUACAACGCAUUUAAAUAUUAAUUGAGCUCUUGGAGUUGCAAAAUUUUGGGAAAAUAAAAGUGUUUCAUUUACGUUUUGGUAGCGCGUUUUUAUGUGUAGCCCCCCACAGUUAGACAUCAAAUCAACGACGAGCAGCAACAACAACAACGAUUGCAGCAACAACAACAGCAACGGGCACAUCUAACGCUGCAGCUAACAGAUGAGCCCCAACAACAGAUGUCAAUUGCUGCAGCCGAAAAUGCAGGGCUUAGCCCAGGUGACUUACCAGAUCAUUGGGCCUCAGGUACAGCAACAACAAAAGGAACAAACGCAGCAGCUCUCGCUGGCAACAACAACAAGCACAACAGCAACAACAACCACAGCAGCAACAUCAGCAGCAGCAGCAGCAAUAGCAACAGCAACCACUCAGUUUGCAAUCUGCCGCGCUCAUCACCGGCCGCUGCGACCGCAGCCGUUACAAUCGCAGCCACUGGCGGUAGCGUGGUAACUGGCCCCGGCCCCCUCCCGGCACCAGUGGCGCAGCUGCAGCACGGAUUGGCGCCCAGCACGCCACUGCAGCGCGCAACGGCAGCGGGUGGCGGAGGCGCUGGUGUUGCAGGCGCCACGACCUCACCCACAGCCCCCUCACCCUCGCCAGCAGCAGUUGCCAACAAUCUGCUCACCCUGCAGCAACAGCAGCAGCAACUGCUCUACCAGCAGCAACAUCAUCCACAACACCAGCAGCACCCGCAGCAGCCGCAGCUCAACUCUCAUCAUUCGCAUCAUAGCAAAACAGCGGCAGCUGCCGCCGCAACGGCGCACAUUGCAGCUGCAUUGCAGCGAUCGGCCAUUAUGAACGCGGUGGCAUCGCCGAUUCCUGCCAACUCUGCGACGCCGGGUCGCAAAAUACGUCGCAAGACGGAUACCAAAAUUAAUUUGCCACAAUCACAAAUAAACAAAUGCAACAAUGAGAAGCGACGUCGGGAAAUGGAAAACAAUUACAUUGAGCAGCUCUCCGAAUUUCUGCAGCUCAAUAAACGUGGAGAUAUGACAUCAACGAAACCGGAUAAGGCGGCAAUAUUAAAUCAAGUGGUUCGAACGUAUCGUGAUAUUUGUGACAAAGGCCAAAGCCGUGAUAUAUCCUCAACAUCUACCAAUAAUAACAACAACAACUCCACAACAACGACCAACAACAAUAACAAUAAUAAUAACAAUAACAAUAAUAAUACUAAUAACAACAACAACAACAACAACAAUAGCCACAAACCACAAGCAACCUCAACGCGCUGCCCACGCUGCGCCACCGACAACUGCUCGAUACACCCUGUGCAACAGGGCGAAGUCUCAUCAACAGAGCCACCAUUGCCAGAGCCAUCGCUGCUGAACGGUCAAGUGCCUGAAAUAUCCGCUUACUUUGAAGCGCUCGAGCAUUACAUUAGCUCCGUCGGCUGGGUGCUGCUGCAGGUGAACGCUAACGGCAUCAUUGAGUCCUGCACGCAGAACAUACGCGAACUGAUCGGCUAUGAGAAGCAGGAGCUCUUCCACCAGCCUCUCUACCGAUACCUCUAUGCGGGGGAUCACGCCAAACUGGAGCCGAUCAUAAACAACAUGUACAGCAGCAGCAGUGGCAGCGGUGGAGGCGGAGGUGGAGGUGGAGGUGGAGGAGGCGGUGGCGGUGGCGGUGGCGGUGGCGGUGGUGUAGGCACGGGAGCUGGCUCAAUUGGCGGCUGGGGUGAUCUCGAUGAGCUGAACAAUGGCAAUGCGUCACAGCAAUCGGCUGGUUCCAAUUCCAGUUCCAGUGCUGGCAACGGCGCUGGCACGGGACCAGGCGCCAACAUCGGUGGAGCAUCCAAAUCGAAGCGCAGCAUCUCCACCAAGGUGCGCAUGCUAGUCAAGGAUACACGACCGGCCACACAGACCUCCUCCAACUGCGAUGCCAUGGACCAGAAGCCGCUCAGGCCGUCCGGACACCAGGACAAGUAUGAAGAGGUCGUAUUGAUAGCGGCGCCAGUGAAGGAUGACGCCGAUGCGAGCAGCUCAGUGCUGUGCCUGAUCACCAGGCCGGAGGACGAGUCGCCGCUGGAGAUCAAUAUGCAGCAGCAUGUGCAUCAGCAGCCCAUCGAGCAGAUGACCUUCAAGCUGGACGGGCAUGGGAAAAUACUCAGCCUGGACGCGACGGCGCUGCGUGAGCCAUUCAAACAGCAUCUGCAGUCGUGGGUGGGUCGCCUCUGGCAGGAUCUAUGCCAUCCGCACGAUCUAUCGACGCUCAAAUCGCAUUUGCGCGAUAUUCAAGACUCGACGGCGGUGCGUUCGCCGGGCAGCUCGGUGGGUGGUCCCGCCAGCGGUGGCUCCAUAUCGAAUGUUAUAUCACGUCCAUUUCGGCUGCGCCUCGGUGCGCCCGAUGUCUAUGUGCAUGUGAAGGCCAAUUCGAGACUGUUUCUCAAUCAGACGCCGGGCGAGAGUGAUUUCAUAAUGUCCGUGCAGACGCUGCUCAAUUCGGAGAACGAUAUGAAUUGCAAUAAUACGGGAGUGGGCGGCAGUGGUGGUGGUGUUGGUUUAGGUCUGAGUCAAAUGUGCGCCAUGUCGCCGGGCGCCUCGCUGGCCAGUUCGCUGGUGAAUACGCUCUCGAUGGAAGCGCUGGGGCAUAGCUCCUCCACAUCCUCGGCGGCGUCUGCGCUGUUGCCCACGAAUCUGUUGGGCGGCCUUGUUGGCGGUGGACAGCACAACAACAACAACAGCAGCAACAACAACAACAACAACAACGGCAGCAGCAGCAACAACAAUGGCAGCAACACACAAACCACAAAUGUGGGCGGACCGCUCAUGACCUCGGCCAUCAUCAAUGGCAGCGGCAUGCAGCAGCGUCUGAGCAAUGCCAGCGGCUCCUCGGCCAACUCGUCGGCGGCAACGUUGGUGAAUGCGUUCACCGCAUCGCCGGCGCCCGGGGAGCAUUCGUUUUAUGGCAGCGAUGCGUUUGAGUUUGAUAUUGCACAUUCCUCGUUCGACAUGGAUCCCAGCGGUGGGGUGGGCGGCUGGUCCGAUUCGCGUCCCAAUUCGCGGGCAUCUGUUGCGACGCCCGUGAGUACGCCGCGUCCGCCCUCGGGGCAUGGCUUCAGUCCGGCCGUAUGCGCCUCGCCAGCGACGCCCUACCAAUUGUCGUCCCAUUCGGCAGCCAGUUUGCCCUCGCCGCAAUCGAAUGCAAGCGCCGGGGCCGGCGGCAGUUACGGUUUCAAUUUUCACUCCUACGAUCCGGCGGACACCAAGCCGGACAAAGAGCAACAGCAGCAGCAGCAGCAGCAGCAAGGCAGCAGCAGCACCAAUGCCAGCAACAGCAACAACAAUGCGCUCAUAGGCGGCGGUCUGCCGAAUGGCGUUGGGGGUUUGCUGCUCAGCCAACAGCAACAACAGCAGCAGCAGCAGCAACAACAACAGCAGCAACAAACACUUCCGCAAGAAUCAUCGGAGCGACUGCGUCAUCUGCUAACCAAAUCAGCCAGUGGCCUGGGCGGCGGUGGCCUUGGUGAUGAUGAAAAGUACUUUAAGCAGGAGUGCGGCGAGGAUGAUAAGCUGAAUCUGGGGCCAAUUGGUGGUCCGGCGGGCAGCUAUAAAAUGGGUGGCCAGGCGAGUCAGCUGGGCAUGUUUGGCUCGCUGGGCCGUGUUGGCCCGAACGCAUCGUUGCUGCAGAAGGCGGGCAACUCCCAGAACCCGAUGCUGCUCAAGCUGUUGAACGAGAAGAGCGAAGAGGAGGAUGGCAGCAGUGGCACAGGUGGUUCCGGUGGCUCCGGCGUAUUGAACAAUGCGCGGCAAAGCGAACUGAUGCGUCAGCUGCAGAAGGAUGAUGGCGGCAGCCAUGGCAGCGGGCAUGGCAUGCUCGGCGGCAGCGGCGCCGGCGGUGGCGGCAAUAUGAGCAACGAGGAUCUCAAACGCAUGCUCAAAAUCCAAAGUGAUCCGGCGAUGAGCCGCAAGCGUUCGCUGAACGAGCCCGACGACGACAUCUCGGCCAAGCGUUCCGAGGACAAGCCCAGCAAGCUGUGCAGCCAAAACAAAAUGCUCGCGAAACUGCUGCAGAAUCCGCCAAAGUUGCCCAAGGCACCGAAUCCCGAGCAGCCGUUGGUGAAAACGUUGCCGGACAUCACUAGCUCCACGGUGAACAAUGUGAGCAGCUCGCUCGCUGCGCCGGGCAAUUUGAUAAGUGCAGGCAGCGCGGGUCCUAAGGCAGCAGCGGCCAAUAGUCGUGUGCGCAAACAGCAGCAGCAGCAGCAGCAGCAGCAGCUGCAGCAGCAACAGCAACAUCAGCAGCAGCAGCAGCAGCAGCAACAACACCACCUACAACAUCAGCAGCAACAGUCAACACCACAGCAAAACGAUGUCUACCUCAGCCAGCAGCAGCAGCAGCAGCAGCAGCUGGCAUACCAGCAGCAGCAGCAGCAGCAACAGCAGCAACAGCAACUGCAGCAGCAGCUGGCGACCACAGCAACUACCUCAAUACCCGAUCCGGAGCUUUCAAAGCUGCUGGACAGCGUUAUGGACGCCAUGGAUGAUAUGGACGAUAGGCCCAUUGUGCCCGCGGCUCCCUCAGAGGCUUCGGCUAUCAGCGAUAUACAAAAGUCGCUGAUGCUCGAUGUGGAAAUAGCCAACUUUGGCGUGAUGAACAAGCAUUUGCUCAUGUCGCAACAGCAACAACCACAUUUGCAGCAACAACAGCAGCAACAGCAACAGCAGCAGCAACAACAACAGCAGCAACGUCAGCAGCAUUUGCAGCCGCCUGCCUAUCCCAGCAUGUUGGUACUGCAUCAACAGCAGCAGCAACAACAGCAGCAGCAGCAACAGCAACACCAGCCACAGCAGCAGUCUCAGCAACAGCAACAGCAGCAUUUGAUGCGCCAGCAACAGCUGUUGGAGACUAUGCGCAAUCAGGGCUUCCAGCGUCCGCCGCCCAUGUACUCGGUGCGCGGUCGCGGGCCCAUGAAUGCGGUGGCCACGCCCGGGGGCGGUGUUGUGCUGCCCAAUCAGCAGAUGCGCAACAUGCGCCAGCAGCAGCAAAAGGAGCGACUGCUGCAGCAGCAGCAGAACCAACAGCUGCUGGUGCCCGAAAAUGCCACUGGCAUCAAUGCGGGCAUCAACAACAUUGGCUCAUUGCUCAACACGACUGUGGCGCCGAAUGUGUCGCUCUCGAGGACCAAUCUGCCAGCGGAUGCACAACUGAGUCCGAACUUUGCACAGACUUUAAUGCAGCAGCAGCUCAGCCCUGGACGCAGUGCGCCCUACAGUCCGCAGCCAAAUCAAGUCUAUGUGGCGCAGUUUGCUCAAAAUGCGCAGCGAUUGUCGCCACAGCAGCAGCAGACGACGCAGCAGCAACAACAGUUGGCCUACCUGCAACAGCAGCAGCAGCAGCAGCAGCAGCAGGCUGGUGAUGGUGGACGUUCUAAUACGCCGUUUGGCAGCGGCUCCGGCCUGCAGUCGCCUGGCAUGCAGAACAGCCCGCAGCAAUGGCCCUCGGCCGGCGGCAAUUCGGGGCCGGGCGGUGCUGGCGGUGGUGCUGUUGGGGGACCGGGCGGGCCGCUGCCAGCUGGCAAUGCUGGACGCUCACUGCAGCAGCACAAUAAUCCCUUGCUCAUUGCGCAGCUGCAGAGCAACUAUCCUGCGCGUCAGUAUCAGCAGCAGCAACAGCAGCAGCAGCAGAACCAGCAGCGACGCGGCCUCAACUCGCCCGGCGCCGUCGGACCCGUUGGCAGCAACGCUGCUGCAGUGGCGGCAGCGGCGGCAUUGCAGCGGCAGAACUCCUUUCAGACUCAGGCUGGCGGCGGCGGAAGCACACCCGACGGCAGCAGCGGACCGGGCGUGGGCCUAAGCUUUGGCGGCGGCCCGCAAUCGCCCUACGGUAACAGUGCAGCGGUCAAUGCGUUCCAGCAACAGCAGUUACAGCGGCUCCAGCGGCAGGCGAGCGUGCCGCAAGCCACACAGCAUUUGCCAGGCUCAACGCGUUUCGGUUUGUCGCCAGGCAACAACCACAACAACAACAACAACAGUGGCAACAACAACAGCAGCAACCACAACAACCACAAUGAUAAUGGGGCUGCCGCCGCCAGCCAACAACAACAACAACAGCAACAACACCAACACCAGCAGCAACAGCAACAACUAAUGAACGGACUGAACAUGUCCCCCCAUCCGGCCAUGAUGGGCGUGGGCGGAAUGGGCAGUGGCGGUGGCAACGGCAUCAUUGGGCUGGGUGGUGGCGGCGGCGGCGGCGGCGGCGGUGGUUAUGCAGCACUCGCUGCGUACGGUCAGGCGCAGCAGGCGAAUGAUUUCUAUGGUCGAGCGCAGACCGCUGGCAAUGGGGGCGGCGGCGUCGGUGGAGGCGUGACUGGUGGAAAUGUCAACUCGGACUUUGUCAAGCAGGAGCUGCGCGCCGUUGUCAGUGUGCGCGCUCAUCAGGCGGCGGCGGCUGCGACGGGUGGCGGCGUGGGCGUUGGUGUUGGCGUCGGCGGUGCGGGCGUGGCUCAGCGGGGUCAGACACCGCAGAGUCCGUUGCAGCAGGGACCAAUGAUUGGAGGCGGCGGCGGUAGCGGCAAUAGUACAAAUUCCAUGGGCAAUGCCACGCCCACCGGCAGCGGCAGCAGCGGUAAUCCAAUGCUCAAUACGCCGCCAGACCCAACGCUAGGCUUCAGCUUCGAGACGCCGGACUUCUUCACAAGCAGCGCAUCAAGGUGACCCUAAGGCACCUAAACCGCAAUUGCAGGACUCAAGAACAACAACAACAACAACAGCAACAACAACUUCUAAAUAACAACCACAACAACGGCAACAAUUUAUGUUCUUCAAACGCAUUUAAGGCUCUCAGAACGUUUUUCCUUUAAAAGAGAAAAAAGAAAACUAAAUAAAUUAAAUUUAAACUAAAUUAAAUUAAAUGAAAGUCGCAGCAUUUCACAAGGCUUGCAAAAAAGUUUAAACAAAAGCGAACGAACGUCUAGGAAGGUGUAAAUGUUAAAUUUAAAUUAUAUUAGCUGCACUAUACGAUAAGCCAAAACGUUAAAAUAUAUUAAAUAUAUAUUUAUUAUUAACACUAGCAAAUAUUAA